CAGGAAUCUUUGUCAGGCCGUUCCUCGGGACGUCCAGCACACGCAGAUCCACGAACGCCUGGAUGUAAGCGGGAAUCUCGGGAAUCCUUGUUUCACGGAUGUGCCAUUCCUUCAGCAUGUGCCACUGCUCAAGUGAAGAUGAGGAGGGGCUGAAAAACAUCACCGAUGACACGUCUGUCAAACUGAAAUAAAGCCUCGCCGCAUGUGUGAGGUCAGUCACAACACGUCACCGCUGUGUGUGUCAUGCGUGUUCUUCAACGAUCUGACGCUCUGAUCAGAAUCAGAAAAUGAGUUCUGCUCUGAUUCAUGACAAGUUAUUCAUCAAGACGUUCUGGGAGCAGAAGAUCGUUCAUCACAAUCACAUGACAGAAACUGAAGAAGAGAGGAUGAAGAACAGCUCGCUCACCAAGCUUCGUGACGAGUGGCUGAAGAGACUGGAGAGCCGGACCAAACAUCUGAAGAAUUUUGGCGACAACCGAGGCCCAAAUUUAUCAUCCGUCUCAUGAACAGACCCACUGUCCACCUGAUGAACUCAAUAAAGACACAUGAUAUUCA